AUGCGAAGGGAGUUGUUUCUCAGAAUUGUCGAAGCACUUGGCAAUCAUGACAAUUAUUUUCAAAUGAGGGUUGAUGGCGUUCGUAAAAAAAUUCUUUCACCAUUACAAAAGUGCACUGUCGUUAUUCGUAUGUUGGCAUACAUAUCACCUGCUGACAAUCUGGAUGAGUAUGUAAGAAUUGAUGAAAGUACUGCAAUUGAGUGCUUAGAGAGAUUUGUAAUAAGUGUGAAUGGAAUAUUUGGUGCUCAGUACUUGAGGAAGUCGAACAAAGAGGACAUUGCACACCUACUACAAAUAGGGGAGUCUCGUGGAUUUCCAGGCAUGUUUGGUUCCAUUGACUGUUCUAACAAUUAUAUCAAUGUGCUAAACCAAUCUGAUGUGUUUACCAAUGUUUCCCGAAGUGCACUACAAAGUGCAUAG